AUGAGUGCAGAUAAUCAAAUUCAUCUGUUGUCGCAACUUACCUUGGGCACUUGCACCUCGUACAAGGUACCCAGCGGAAGCAAUACCAGUCCAAUAUGGCAGGCAGCCAUUGACAGAUACUACGACGAGCUUAGGAAAGGCGGGGUCAGGGCCCCUGCAAUUGAUCAAGAUGUCUGGGGCAUUCAUAGCCCGGACGACCUUCUUAAGCAAAUUCACGAUGUUGCACCUUCCGAUUCUCAUGCGGAGGGGACAUGGAAAAGAUUGCUGCGACGGCUCGAGCCGAUACUGUUUAACUUGAAUGAUUUCGCCGCUGUUCUUACGCUAGCUUUAGGCUUGAACGGCCAGGUUGCUGCUAUAAUAUGGGGCUCUAUAAGCCUAAUCAUGAAGUUUGCGCGGCCAGUUCUCCCUCAAGUCCUCGAUAUGCUCGAAGAAUUAGGUCGUGCACUUCCGAGAUUUCGCAAAUAUGAACAGGAACUCCCACCCACAGCAGAACUAGAAGAUGCUCUUCUGGCCGCUUAUACUGAGAUCAUCGUAUUUUGUGCACACUCGAUCGCAUUCUUCAGAAACAACCCCAAUAUCUCUCCUAGUCGGAACGCAUGGCUACAGUUUAGCAAAGAUUUUCCUAAGGUGAUUUCGAAUAUUCGCCGGUACUCCAGAACAGUCGAUGAAAUAGCUGAUAUGAUGCGCCUCACAAGAGAGGCCCAUGCGGCUGACACGAUUCAGGCAAUGGAGGAGCUGAAAUCAUCCCAAUCGAGACAAUUGAAUCUCCCGUGUCACAUGGUACCGUACGGCCUUAACCUCAGGUUCUUUGGAAGAUCAAAUGAGAAAGAGGCCUUGGAAAAAGCUCUUCAACCCGAAGUGAAUGCCGAGAAUUUGAAAGUCAUCGCAGUAUAUGGAAUAGGAGGUGUUGGAAAGACGCAGCUUGCACUGCAAUAUGCAAACACCUCCCUGAAACUCUAUGAUGCGGUGCUAUGGAUACCGGCGGAAACACAAAUAAAGUUCACACAAGCCUUAGCCAAGUUUGCAUUCAAGCUUGGUAUAUCGAAACCAGAAGGCAUGGAAGAUGACUAUCAGUCAAUCCAGAAAGUGAGGGAUUGGUUGAACGUAUCAGAAAAGACCUUCCUUCUGAUUUUUGACAACGUUGAGGACCAUGAUAUGCUCGAACAGAUUUGGCCAGCUAGCACUAAGGGGUCUGUCAUUAUCACUUGCCGGUCUAAGACACUUGCACUCAAGCGAACUACUGAAGUGAUCGAUCUCGGAUGUUUCACCGCUGAAACAGGCUCAGAAGUGCUUUCUUCAUUGACUGGUCGGCAACCUUUAGAUGAAGACGAUGCUGCAGCAUCAAGAAAGCUAUGUGAGCUACUUGGUGGCUUCCCCCUAGCAAUGGCUCAAAUCAGUGAAUUCAUAAACGACCGCGGCUAUUCGUUUCUGGAAUUCCUGCCAGUGUACAAAAAGUCAGCCGAGAAGAUAUUCACGAGAUCUACGGCACCCAUGCAAUACGAACACACCUUGAGUACAGUUUGGAGCAUGUCGAUUCAAAAGCUCUCGAUUGAAUCAAGGGCUUUACUGGAUAUCCUCGCCUUCUUUGAUCCGGACAAUAUACCAGAAUGGAUACUAUCGAACGAAAAAGCCGACAUCACCCAGCCUGAGUUGCUGUUCUUGAUGGACGAUUUCGAUUUUGGAGAUGCCGUGAUUGGCCUUACGAGAGCUUCGCUCAUCAAUCGAAUCUCUUCGUCCAAAGCAAUUUCCGUGCACCGUCUCGUCCAGCUCACCGUGUUCUCACGAUUGUCUGCGGCGAAUAUUUCAAUGUAUCUUGAUCAUGUGAUUCAAGCUCUGUCCUCCAGCUUUCCAAACACCUGGAAUCAGAGGUCUCAUCAACAAGGUCAUGGUUGGGAAUCAUGGGAAACUUGUAGCGCGGUUCUCCCACAUAUAAGCUGGCUUAUGAAGCUAGCUGAAAGGCAUCGCCUCACGGUCAGCAAUCCAGAGCUCUUCGCAGAACUUAUUUUCCGCGCAGGAACAUACCUUUGGGAAAAGGAGCAGCCAACAGCUGCGCAGGACUUCUUCGAGUACGGCCUUGAGCUCAAAAUUGACCCUCAUACUCGGAACUAUGCGCAAGCAUGCCGGCUUUUAGGCCACGUGGCUCUAGAUAUGGCAAUCCCAAAAACAGCGUUAUCUGCGUAUCGAAAAGCAUUGAGCGCAAGGGAAAAGUUCGAAGAACCAGGCUCUCCUCCAAUCGCGGAUAUAUAUGAUUCGAUCGCCUGCAGCUAUACUGAGCUGGGAAUGGUUUCCGAGGCCUUUGAAUACCUUUCAAAAGCGACCGACAUACAUCAUGCGCACAACCCGCUGAAUAUGGGCAGGACAAAAGCAAUCUAUGCCAUGACACAUCUCCGUGCUGGACAGCCCCAAGAAGCACUAGAAUCGCUUAAAUGUUGCUGGCAAUUGCAGGGUCUGACUGAAGAACAAGUUAUACAUUCGAAGUACCCGAAGCAUAGUGGGGAUAUCGUACUUCUGGCCAGGAUCAAAUACACACUGGGGUUUAAAGAAGAGGCUCAGCAACUUGCUUCAAGGACGAUUUCUAUCCGAAGGGGUAUUUUCGGAGACAAAGGCCCUCGAGUGGCUGACUCCAUGUUCUUGGUGGCUCGGAUGUUAGAGGCCGAUGAUGAGACGAUUUUAGCCGCAAAGCUGUUACGAGCAGUGGUAGAAGCUAGUGAAGAUGUUGUCGAGAUGCAGGGCCACCUAGCCCGUGCACUAUGGUUCCUGGCCAUGGUCGAGGAUAAACUAGGAGAAAAACAUAAAGCUGAACAGCUCAAAAUAGAGGCUAAGAGUCGGCGAGAUAGAAUUUGUGGAAAAGAAGCCUUUGGCGAGGACACGGAUGAGUCGUUCAUGAACCUUGUUGGAUGGAUGCUUUGGUAG